CAACACUCCAAGCACGGAGAACAUGGCAACUUCACAAGGAACAUAAUGUAGCUAGAAAUCGUGUUUUGCCAAUAGCAGUUGAAUAAUAUUCACCAAAAGAUUACACAUUUUUUCUUAACUGUUUUUCUUUUCUUUUUUGAUGCGCAGAAGGGCGCACUUGUCGUUUUUCUGGCCAAGGAGUGCUAGGAUUUGUGUUUUGCAUAAAUAUCUCUGCAAAUGAAUGUUUUCACAAAAAAUAGAAGAAUGAUACAAAAUGCUCUGAGACCAAGUUGCGUUGGAGAUGGGGAAGGGACUGGAGGUCAUUGUAAACAGCAGCAACAUGGGAGGGGAUGUGUCUUCUGUAAAUAAAGACUGUAAACUCCUACUGCUGCCUGCCAACAUGGAGACCAAGGAGAAGAAAAAGAAGAAGAAAGAUGCCAGCAGCAAAGAGAAAAGGAAACGGACGAAUGUGUCAAAGAAGAGAGGAUAUUCAAGCACUCCUCCGAAUUCAGAAGACACAGAGAAACACCAGACCGCACCACCUCAUGACACCUCCAUCCCACCGUCACCCCCUCAGGGGUCAGGAGGUCAAGGUCAAAGGUCAAAGGGGCGGCAGGAGGAGCAGGAGCUGAAAGACGUGACGAUGAUGUCCUCUUCUGGGUCUGAGAAGGAGAAGCGCACCGCCAUCUGCCCCGGAGGAGCUCCAGCUCCAUCCUCUGAGGGGGUCUCGUUAGAGCUCAGUGCCCAGGCCACGGAGAGCCUGAGGUGGGAAGGUGUACUAGAGGAGCCCCUGGCAGAGGAGAGGAGGCUGGCGGUGUACCGGGCUAACAGACGGCAGCGCUACCUGCUCCACAGACAAGAGGUGAUAGCAGCGGGGGCUCAGGCCACCAUCCUGAGAGCAGAGAUGGAGUGGAAACACUGAGAGGAUGGAGAGGCUGUGGGCGGGGCUUUAGCCACUUCAUCCCAGCAGGACCAAUAGCAUAGCAUCAUAUGCAUGCUUUAAUUUGGUGAAUCAAAUUAGCAUAAAACAAUUCCACAUAAAAUUCUGCCGGUGUAAGCUAGAGAUACAAUGCAUUCGGAAAGUAUUCAGACCCCUUGACUUGU